AUGGCUCACGGUGGCUACGCCAAGCGGAGGGUGAGUCCGGCGGGAGGACGACGGCCCAAAUCGGCGUUGGGCCCAGAGAAGAAGCCCAAAACCGUCAACCUCAAAAAGCAGAUUCGCUCCAUCGAGCGCCUGCUCCGUAAGAAUCUAUCAGCUGAAAUGAAGGAGGCUCAGGAAAAGAAGUUAGAAGGACUCAAGAAACAGCAGGAGAUUCAGUUUCGUCUCGCUGUGGAGCGCAAGAUAUUUAUGCGUGACAGGAAGAUUAAGUUUUUCGAGAGAAGAAAAAUAGAGAGAAGAAUAAGACGUUUGGAGAAACUCCAACGUGCUUCUUCGUCUGGUCAGGCACAAGAUGCAGAGAGUUCUGUGCAACUUUCCAAAUUGAAAGAAGAUCUUGAAUAUGUUAGGUUCUUUCCCAAGACCGAGAAGUAUGUCCCUUUGUUUACUGGUGGUGAAGUUUCAGAUAUAGUUGAUAAGAGAAAUAAGUUGCGUGAGAAGAUUAAGGUGAAUUUAAUUGCUGCAGCAGCUAGUGGAAAGGAUGUUGAAGAAACAGGGAGCGAGGACGAUGGGCUUCUGGAUCUGAGUGAAGAUGAUUUCUUCCUAAAUGGGAGUUCAAGUGAUGAAGCAGAUGCAGAUGAUGAAUGGACGGAUAAGAGUACAAGAGAACAGGCUUCCAGUGCUUCUGGAAAAGCAACUUCUGGCAUGUCCAGUGAUGAGAGAAAUCAGCGACAGGUUUCUGCUAGAGCUUUGAUGCCUCCUCCCCGGCCAUCUAGCAAUUCUCGCACAAGUUCAGUUCGUGCUCAGUCAAGGUUUGGUCCUUCAUCAAGCAAAAAUUCCUCAAAAAAGAUUGCUGAAAUGUCUACAUCCAGCAAUACAUCAAAUAGCAGAAGUGGGACUUCCUUCAGUACAUCAACUAGCAGAAGUGGAACUUCCUUCAAAGCUAGGGGAUCAUCAAAUUCAACAGCUGCUCAAAGUAGUAAUUUGAGCUCCAACUCUGAUGCUCAUAAGCCCCGUAGAAAGAGGAGGCCAAAGAAGAAAAAGCAGCAGAGGGUCAAAAUUGGCCGGGAUGAGUCGAAGAUGCGUGGUGCUGAUGCAAACUUUUGGAAGCUUGUGCUUACUGCUCUCUGUAACAAUCGGUCUUACUCCAUGCCUAGUCACUCCGAGCUAGGCUUGAUUUAUCCUGAAAAUGUCUCUCUGCUGUAA